AUGCUGUCGCUUUUGUGGUCGGUUUUCUUCGUCCAUGUCGCCAUCUAUUUGGUUAAUACCAUUGGCGCUAGCACCAUUGAUAAUCUGCUAUGGCUCCUCUACCUAAAGGUCCCGACCUCUACGUCGAAGAAAUACAGGGAACAAAACCGACUUAAGCGCGAGGUCGUCCAGCUGAAGCGGGACAUGAACAACACCAGCUCACAGGAUGAGUUUGCGAAAUGGGCGAAACUCCGACGGAAACAUGAUAAGACUAUGGAGGAAUAUGAGGCGAUAAGUACGUUUGAUUUCCGAUCGCAGUUACGGUCUAUAUAUUGGUUUGGGGUUUGGGGAACUGGCUGGUUCAAGAAAGAGAAGCUAACAAAGGCGGGUUCAACAGACAAACAGCUCAGUUCGCAGAAAACCUCUUUCGACUGGGGCGUCAAAAUCGUUCGCUGGUUCGGUACAUCUGGUCUCAAGUUCUUCCUGCAGUUCUGGUACUCGAAAACGCCUGUCUUCCAUCUGCCGGAGGGCUGGCUUCCUUACUACGUGGCGUGGGUGCUGUCGUUCCCCCGGGCGCCGAUGGGUUCGGUGAGCAUCCAGAUUUGGAGUAAUGUUUGUGCGACGGCGAUUACGACGAUGGCGGAGGUAGUGACGGCUGUUUUGUUGCAGAGGGCUACUGCUGCUGCUGCUGCGCCUGCUGCGAAGAAGACACAAUGA